CCACAAAGAAGUUUCUCCGGCGGCAACGGCGCUGCCCCAUGCACGCCCCGAGCCGCUCGUGCUGGAGCGCAGCGCCGGGCGCCGAGCCCGCCAUGAAGCCCCGCGCGGGGCUGCACAGCAGCCCGGAGCUGAGCCGCGGCACGCGGCUGAGCGUGGGGGAGCUGCGCUCCCUCUUCGAGGCUCGCUGCGCCGCCGUGGCCGCCGCCGCCGCCCGGCAGCUGCCCGAGCCGGCCAAGCGCGGCUGCCGGCCCCCCAACGGCGUCCUGCCGCCCGUCAUUCCCCGGCUCACCGUCACCGCCGAGGAGAGCGAGGAGGCGCAGGGCAGCGCCCGGCCGCCGCCGCCGCACCCGGAAGGCGGCUGGCUGAGGACGGACAGCUCGUCGCACCUGCAGUCCCGCCGCCUCUCCACCUCCUCGCUCUCCUCCACGGGCUCCUCGUCCCUGCUCGAGGACUCCGAGGACGACCUGCUGAGCGACACGGAGGGCAGGAGCCAGGGCAUCGUGCACCUGGAGCACGGCGAGGACAGCAACCAGAAAAAGGCAUGGCAUACGAUUAAAACCAUGGUUAACUUACCUAUCAUCAGUCCUUUCAAGAAACGCUACUCAUGGGUGCAACUGGCCGGGCAUACAGGGAGUUUCAAGGCAGCUGAUAGCGGGAAGAUUCUCAAGCGCUUCUCGGAGAAUGAAAAGGAGUGUUUUGAGCGCCUGAUGAAAGAUCCCCUGCGCUCCUGUGUUCCCUGCUUCCAUGGUGUGGUGGAGAGAGAUGGCGAGAGCUACAUUCAGCUGGAUGACUUGCUUACGGAUUUUGAAGGACCGUGUGUGAUGGAUUGCAAGAUGGGGAUCAGGACAUACCUGGAGGAAGAGCUGACAAAGGCCCGUGAGAAACCAAAGCUGCGUAAGGACAUGUACAAGAAAAUGAUUGAAGUGGAUCCUCUUGCUCCUACAGCAGAAGAGAACGCGCAGCAUGCUGUCACCAAGCCCCGGUACAUGCAGUGGAGGGAAACCAUCAGCUCUAGUGCCAACCUGGGCUUCAGGAUUGAAGGGAUUAAGAAGGCAGAUGGAACAUGUAACACAAACUUCAAAACUACAAAGACACAGGAGCAAGUUCUCCAGGUUUUUGUGGAAUUUAUUGAGGGUAACACAACUAUUCUGAAAAAAUACCUCAAGCGUCUGCAGGAAAUUCAUGUCAUUCUUGAGUCCUCAGACUUCUUCAAGCGACAUGAGGUCGUUGGAAGUUCACUGCUUUUUGUGCAUGAUGACAGUGGGAAUGCCAAUGUGUGGCUGAUUGAUUUUGGAAAGACCACCCUUCUGCCUGAUGGGCAGACGCUCGAUCACAGAAUUCCCUGGCAAGAAGGCAACAGGGAAGACGGGUACCUGUUGGGACUGGACAAUUUGAUUGGCAUCUUGGAAAGCAUCACUGAAAGAUGAGAGGAUGAGUGUGGCACAAAACUCACAGGGCUGCUUUGUAACUUUCUGCUCUACUGGGAUCACUCAGUUAGAUGGAAACCAAUUCCCUCCCAGUUUUGGGGGGUCAUUAUACUGCAGAGGGAGCUGCAUCCAGAGCCCAGCUGUUAGUGAUCAAAAUGACUGCAGCAGCCCUCUGAACCUGAACAACUCCAGCUUGAUCUGUAUUGCACCAGCCGAACUUCGGACUGGCCCGCAGAGAAUCGGGAUCUGCACGCUCGGGAAUCACACCGACAUGAGUCCAGAGGUCUGUAUGGUAAAGCCAGAACGAUUCUGAUUUCAGCAAACAGAUGUGACUCUGGUUACCUCUUAGUGAACCAGAGCAAGUACUUGGGGAUUCAGGGUAAGGGGUAGCUGAUCUUUUUUUUUUUCAUGGAACUGCACAGUUUUGAAGCCAGCAAGUGUUUUUUUCCCCCAAAUUCCAAGUCUCCUUGCUCCCAUGUAUGCUUUGGAUUGGGCCAACAACAGCUGCUGCACUGUGUUAAAGCGUGCACAAGGUGGGAAUUGGUGGUAUUUGCAAGAAACCUGGACCAAAGGGAAACACCAUUUUGUAGCGGAGGUUGUAUCAGUGGUUGGAUGUAGUAACUGCUGUUGACCAUUCCUCCUCUUCCCUGCACCAGCCUCAGCUCCUCUCUCUCAGAAGCUUUUGUCUUUUACGUAGCCUCUCAGGAGAUGACAGAUCUCUAGUGAGAGAACAGCACCCUCUUGGUUUCAAAAACAUUUGGUUUUUUUCAAACUGCGUGGGGUUUCGAGAGAGUGGCCAGCACGGCAAGGCUGGCCGCGUGCAGCUGAGCCAAAGUUCUGAAAACUCACUAACGAAUUUCUUUGGGUGCGUGGUGUGGGACACAGGAUUUUUUUCAGGAUUGGAUUAUUUUUAAAGCUAGAAGCCCUAUGUACACACACCAGUAACUCUGCUACCAGUAUGAUUUCUUAGACUGUAGUUUUGAUUCUCUCCUAUUGCACAUGAAAGAGGUGACUUUUUGGCCCUGGUCAUCCUGUUCCCAAAUAUGAAGCUGCCACUUGACUAUAGAGACCAACAGAGAGCUCAAGAGGCAAACAUUUUUGCCUUUACAACAGUACACUAAUGGUGAGAUCCAGUCCUAGGCAUCCUUCCCGUGAGAUAUCAGCUGUUAUCUUGGGGUGCUGAGGGGCAUGGAAGUUAUAUAUCAUAUCCCUUAAUCCCUGUCUGGAGUUGCAGGAACACCUGUGGGUGACUUUUGUUAGCUUGCUGUGGCUCCUGUGUAGCCACAGGACAUUCACUUUGAUGGGAUAAAACCAAGGCAGACCAAAGCGCUGCGUUUUCUUGUGUUGGCAUCUCUGCCUCUGGCUGCUUGGAGUGCUCGCAGUAUAAAUGCUGCCAGACGACAAACACUGGCAAUCCGUUCACGCGGAGUUCAACAAGAUAGAUUCUGUAGGAGCACUGAGAAGUGGAGACACUUUAGCCUAAAAGAGAAAUUGUUUGAAACUGGUAAUUAUUUUUGCAACCCACUGCAAGUUAAUAAUUGUUCUGUUGCCUCACAGAGUCCCUCUCAGUAUUAUUAUCAUGUUAAUGGAUUUUCUUUCCACUUAUGUCUUUCAGAGGGUUUACACUUUGAAAAGUAGAGCUGUAGACUGGCUCCACAGAUGUUUGAAAAAGAUAAGAUUGCAAGAAACUUUAUUUUUAAAGUGAAGAUAAUCCUUCAAUAGGAAGCACAUGUAUUAUUCUAGGUGUUUCCAAACUUUUGAAUUUGUAUGAGCUGACAAUAACAAUUAACACUGAUGAAUUUCUUAGAAUUAAAAAUUUCCUUCUUUCCUGCAGCCACCAGGUAAGCCAUUCUUUUAGCAGUGUUUGAAGAGACCAGGAAGUAAAUAGGUGUCACAGGAGAGAACUUUAAUAAGAACACUUCUUCUAUUGAACUAUAAUUCAGGCAGUCCUACUACAAUUAAAAAUAAUUAGAAAAAUUAUAAAUGAGACUGUUGCAGUGAUGCAGUUCAUUAGUGGGUUUUGUGUUUAUGAACCUUGAGUUGGUUUUUUUUUUUUAAUCGCACAUGUGAACCUCUUAUUUUUCUAGAAAGGGAGUAGGAUGUUGAAGGUUAAAAAAAAAAAGGCAAUUCUUAAAUAUGAAAGGACAAUUUGUCAUAAAUGUUUAGAAUGUCCAGGUCUAAUGGAAAGUAGCUGCAGCGCGAUGCCAACAGCCUCCAAAACCCCACUGCUGCCAGUGCCUGGAAGGAUGGUUUGCAGCACAAACCACCUUGUGGGAGAACAUGGGACGUGAGCCAUUGCUCUGCAGCAGUUGCAAAGGGUUAGGGUGGGGAAGACACUGGACUAGAAACUCAGUUUACAUGAGAAGUAGUCCAGAUAUUUUGUUUUGAAAUGGCCUUUGACUUUUUAUGGGGUUAGAAGAGAGGAUGUCACAUUCUAAUGUGCUUCUGCUGUUAACAGGAGAAAAGAGGGAGCUUUUAAUUAGUGAAGUGCGAGUGCAGCACUCCAAAUGAGGACUGGAUUUAAAGGGACUGGAGGCUCUGAGCUCAUGAGCAAGUUACCACAGGGUAAGUUAGAUACUCCUCAGCUGUCCUAGAGUUGUCUGCCUGUGUGCACGCUCCCUGCCUUUUGCUCUGGGGCACAUCACCACACACAAACUUCCUUUUCCCGAGGUGUCACCAUCAGGCCUUUGCCAUGGGAGAGCUGCUGGACACUGACCAAGGCCCUGGCUGGCGUACGAGCCCGGGCCGCAGCUCCCGAGCACCUCACUGCUAGCUGAGGCACGGGGCCUGUGCCGUGCUGUGCAGCCAGCCCGGAGCGGGGGUGCCAGUGGCCACCAUGCUCCUCCCUCGUGCCAUGGAGCACUAGGGUAGCUGCUUCAUUCGUGUGCGAAUCAGGCAGCAGCACGUGGCUCCCCGGCUCUGCCAGACUUUUUGGCCUUUACGACCAUCUCCUAGGCUGCAGUUUUGUUCCUUUUUUUUACAGAUGGGAAAGGACCUACUUGCUGCACAGGGAUGGUGUGAGGCUGUACUUGGUUAGUGCUUGCAAGAUGCUGUGAGAUUCUUUAGAGGGUGGUGCAAUAUAGAAAGAAAUACACAAAUAUGUUGUCUAAGUUAAAAACAAUGGGUGUUGUGGCUCCACCAGGUUAUAAAUAGUUAAAUUUCAUUUAUAAAAAAGUGGUACAAAUCAGAUCACUUGUCAUUUUACACUUAAGAAUUCACUUAACAUCAGCUGAUCUAGUUCCUAAAAUAUGGAAAGAUUUCCAAAGGAGUUGGACCAAACCCCUAAGUAUCUCAGCGGGCUCUUGCUUAUCUUCUUUUGUGUUGCUGUAUUAUUAUUUGUUAUUCUUAAGGUACUGAGGUCAAAUGGCCUGUAUCAUCCACAGUGCAUCCGUUCUGAACACUACAAUGCAAUGCUGACCACGGUCACUUUGGACAUUGACUGUACUGGUUGAGUGUUUGUUACUCCAGAGUGU